CUCCGCGGGUGCCCUCCCCUCGCCGGGGGCCGCGAGCUGCAUUUGGUCAAACCCAGCCCCGGAAUAUAUAGAUCAUUGGAGCGCAAUGAAGUAGCCUCUGGAGAGGAGGGAGGGGGCCGUCCGACUGCCACAGCGGCCGGCGCAGCGGCGGCCCGGCGGCACCACCGUCACCGCGCGCACCCGGCGCCUGGCCCGCGAGGAGGCAGCGGCGGCGGCCGGCGGAGCGGAGGCGGCAGCGGGGAGGCGAGGAGGAGCCGCGGGAGGAGCAGGAGCGCGCAGCCGGCGGGUCCCCGCGUCUCGGCACUUCCAGAGCAACUCCGGCGCCUUCCACACGCCCUUGCGGGGCUGGCGGCUCCUGGAGCGGCCGCGACGCCAGCCGCAUAGUGUCCCCGAGCCCUGCCCAGCCCUGCCCCGCGCCUCCCGGGCUCCGCUCCGCGCGGCGGGGUCCCGGUCCCUGCGCCCCGGGCGCGCCUCCUGGACUCCCAGGUCUCUGCAGUCAGGACAAAGCCAUGAAGCCGGCGCUGCUGGAAGUGAUGAGGAUGAACAGAAUUUGCCGGAUGGUGCUGGCCACUUGCUUGGGAUCCUUUAUCCUGGUCAUCUUCUAUUUCCAAAGUAUGUUGCACCCAGUCAUGCGGAGGAACCCCUUCGGUGUGGACAUCUGCUGCCGGAAGGGGUCUCGAAGCCCCCUGCAGGAGCUCUACAACCCCACCCAGCUGGAGCUCUCGAGCACGGCCGUCCUGCACCAGAUGAGGCGGGACCAGGUCACAGACACGUGCCGGGCCAACAGCGCCAUGAGCCGCAAGCGGAGGGUGCUGACCCCCAACGACCUGAAGCACCUGGUGGUGGAUGAGGACCACGAGCUCAUCUACUGUUACGUGCCCAAGGUGGCGUGCACCAACUGGAAGCGGCUCAUGAUGGUCCUGACUGGCCGGGGGAAGUACAGCGACCCCAUGGAGAUCCCGGCCAACGAGGCGCACGUCUCGGCCAACCUGAAGACCCUGAACCAGUACAGCAUCCCAGAAAUCAACCACCGCUUGAAAAGCUACAUGAAGUUCCUGUUCGUCCGGGAGCCCUUCGAGAGGCUGGUGUCAGCCUACCGCAACAAGUUCACCCAGAAGUACAACACCUCCUUCCAUAAGCGAUACGGCACCAAGAUCGUCAAGCGGCAGCGAAAGAACGCCACCCAGGAGGCCCUGCGCAAAGGGGACGACGUCAAGUUCGAGGAGUUUGUGGCUUAUCUCAUCGAUCCACACACCCAGCGUGAGGAGCCCUUCAACGAACACUGGCAAACCGUCUACUCCCUCUGCCACCCGUGCCACAUCCAUUAUGACCUCGUGGGCAAGUACGAGACGCUGGAAGAGGAUUCUAAUUACGUCCUGCAGCUGGCAGGAGUGGGCAGCUACCUGAAGUUCCCCACCUAUGCCAAGUCUACGAGAACUACUGAUGAAAUGACCACAGAGUUCUUCCAGAACAUCAGCUCAGAGCACCAAACGCAGCUGUACGAAGUCUACAAACUUGAUUUUUUAAUGUUCAAUUAUUCAGUGCCAAGCUACCUGAAAUUGGAAUAAAGGGGUGGGGAGAGGGAGAGAAUCAUGCUUUUUAAUUUAAGAUUUUUAUUUGUCAAAAGAAUUAUAUGGAUACUGGGUUAUUUUGUAAAUUAAUAUUUCUUUGGGGAUGAUGCUGCGAGCAGCAUAGUGAGAAUUAUUUAAACUCCUUAAUAGGGAAGGACGGUUGUCUUUGCAGGGGAAUAGGAUGGGUGUCCUUGUUUUUAGACAUAAACACUGCAACACUGUCUCAAAGGUUUCCUUGUGUUCUGGUGAAUUCCAUGAAUUGUGCAUCCCAAAAAUUUUAAUUAAUAUUAUUUAUAGUUAUUUAAACAUGGUCUCUGUAUAGAUCUCUUUCUGUGGCAGCAAUAUUCUCAUGGCUUUGCAGAAGAAACUGACGUUUCAUUCUGUGCUUGCUACAGCUCACCUGGGGGCCCAAGUGUUCUCCUUCCUAACAUCUCACGGAGUCGCUGCGUGCUGGUAACCACUGCGAAGUCUAGUGAUGUCACCAUUCUUGAAAUUCUGCUAGAAACAGAAGGAGGCACCUUUCCAAGGGACUGAUUCCAAACCAAUGUCGAUCAACCCAAAGUCCCUUGCACUGAAGAAAUGUGAUUUUUAUCCCAAGGAGAGAGCUGAUGGUAAUUUUUUGGGGGUGGGGGUGGGGGUUGUGGGGGAUUCCACCAGAAUCAGCAGUCUGAUAGAAUAGGCUUUCCUACAGAAAGUUUUAACUGGCAGUGCCAGUUGUGAUGAAGGUAAAGUGGCUGUUGAUCUGUUCAACAAGUAUUUAUUGAUCAACUCUUAUGCUAAGCCUCAAUUUAGGCCAUACAGAUAAAGCAUUGAGCAAAACCAAUAGUCUCAGCCCUCAAGAAGUUUUACAUGGUCACAAAGUAUCCAGCUCGACAGUUAGCAAACCCCUGAUAUUCCUGAGCUGAACAUGAGGUUUGGACUAUUCCUGAACAGCCCCAGGUCCAUGACCCCUACAGAUUGGCAUUUUCUGAUGGCCCAAAUUUGAAAACCACAUGCUUGGAGCAGACCACUUCACUUGGUGAGGAAUCCAGGCUCACUGCCCAGCACAAGAGAUGACAAAAACAUUUCCUACCGUGUGCCCACCCCAAAGUCCUGGUAGUGUCUGCUUUAAGUGUCAGAACAGAUUUGCCAGGCCCAGCGUGGAACAGCGCUGUGACUGAUUAGUGAUGUCAGCCUUGGGUGAGGCAGAGGGGGCGUAUUCACCAAGUACCUCCUCCUAUCAUCUCCAGCUCCAGCCCAGAAUCCGUGUCUGCUUGUAGAAGUGUUGAUUUCUGCCAUGUGUAGACACUCUGCCGUGUAAGCCAGUGAAAUGCUAUGGGCAGGACUCCCUCAUCCAUUCGGGGAUGUGCAGUGAUCUGGCAUUUCUACCCCUCAUGAAAGUCAGAGGUGGACUGUUUGUACACAGAUGCACAUGCAUAUCCUUCCUAAGUCCUCCUGAGGCACCUGUGCAACCAUCAGUACCUUUGCAACCACCAUGCAUGAGCAGCAAGGGCAGCCUUCCAUGAUGGUAAUCCGUGCCCCCUUUCCUCUGGAAGGCUGGAAAUCUCCCAUUUCCUGUUCCUUGCUAAUUAACACCUGCACAUGCUUCUCAUUUCCAGCCAUUUCUGAUACCUUGGUUAAAGUGUGAGCCACAUCCCUCUUACAGCUAGUGAAUGAGUUGGUAGCAGAUACUGUAUAUAAUAAUAGUUCCAAUAAUGGGGUGGGUGGGGUGUGGGUAAGUUUUGUUUUUUGUUUCUGAUGCAAUAUAUAGCAAAGGGGUGAGAAGACUAUUCUAAACAAACAAAAAAAUGAAUAAUUUAUUCACAGUAACUAUUAGAAUUGUUUUGUAAAGCUCACAGCCAGCUGAGUGAAUAGUAGCUGCCGCAUUUCACUGAGGAAAUUACGUUACUGAAUGUGAGGGAGGUGUGUACUGGAGAGGGUGGCCAAAGCUAUUUAUAAAAUGUUGUGUACUUUCUUCCAAGCUCCUUCCCCUUCGUGAGGGGCAUGGCAAUUAUACCCUUGAUGGUGGAGAUUUAUGCCAUGUAUUUCACCGAGUGACAGACCUCAGCUGUCCCUGGAAUUGGGAGUCUGGACUCUAUUACCUGGCAGGGGACACUGUCCUCAGAAAUAGGGCUUCUGCUAGUGAGACAGGCUGUCCACAAUUUCCUGAUAGGUGCGCCACAGAACAAAGGUUCUAGGUGACAUCAGGUUGGUGUGAUGCAAGAAAAGGGUGUUAUGGUCAGAUAUCCUUGGGAACAAGGUUAAAUCAGUUUCCUUUCUGCAGGACUUUUCAGAGCCUUGAACACAUGCUGUAUAUUGUGAAUCCCCAAGAACACUGAGUUGCUAGUAUUUCCUGAACUUACAUGACCAGGAUAUUCUAUUUUGCAGGUCAUCUCACAGAGGUAGUAUUUUGUGGAGUAUAACUUUCGCUGGGUUGAUUUAGCACAUCCGAGGUCUUUAAGGAUAAAAAUUGCUCCCCAACCCCUCUCCAAAAAAAAACAAAACAAAAAAACCAGCACCACCAUCUCCAUCUGGUUUAUAGCAACAGAGCUACUUUAUCAAAUUACUUCACUUUUCACCUAAGUGCAAUGGUUCUAAUCCUGGAUACUGUCACGUGCAAUGACUCCAUCCCUCCCCAAGGAGGUGGUGUCGACAGAGGGAGAGGGGAGACAGUGGGGCGUAAGGCCACCUAGCGGUCCCUGUACUCCUCGGGUUUCAGGUGGCUCAAUACAAGCAGAGGGAGCCCAACCCCUCAUGGCUGCUGCUUCUGCUCCAUGGUUUGGAAUAGUUCACUAUGCGCUUUUUGGUUUUAAAUGGAAAUUCACAUAGGUUUCUGGAGUUUUGGGUUUCCACUUCCAUGUUUAAUCAGUUGUUCAAGCUUGCUCAGGGCUGGGUGCAGAUCUCCGCCUUUCAUCUGUCUUCUCUCUCUCAAGUGAGAAGAACUGUCCUUCAGGGCAUGACCCAUAGUCCGGUUCUUCAGUGAGGGACCCUUUCUCAUGGUUUGCAUUCCCAUUUUACUUUCUAAGGGCAUAAAAACUUUAAAAAAAAUUAUUUGAUUCAAGUGCUUAUGCAGAAUGUAGAAACUAUUCUGUGUCCUUGGUUUAAAAGAAUCCAUGGGUAAAAAUGUGCCUGGGAAACAAAAGUUCAUGUUUCAUUUUGUUUUAAGAGAACUGUUUGCAAAUGCUUUCUAUUGCAUGCUUAGCUGGAGAAAAGUACAGGCAGAUGUCCCAUCUCUAAGCCGCUUUUCAGAGGUGCUGCUGUGUUUUCAAAACCAGGUACAGUUAGGGGAGUAUUGACAAGGACAUUCCUGCUUGACCCUUCCCCUUUGGUUGGUAAAACGCUAGAAUAUUAGCCACAGGAUUUGAAUUCCUGCAGCUUCUCCAGACUCUCUCCCCCACUUUGACUCCCCAGCUGGUCUGGGAAGAAGGGAGUCUGCUGACCUGUGUGUCUCAGAGGGGACUUUCCUUUUCACCUGUCUAGUAGGUGGGCUUCUCCGUCCUGCUUGUUCAGGAUCUGGAUGCCACAAGAGAGCGGUGGGCAGUGGACACUUCAGUCGGACCAGUCCCCCUGGUGGCAAAGGCAUGGAAGCACAGGGGUCUUACCCCUACUGGUAGAAAGAUCCCAGAACAAAAGCAAGUCCCUGGCCCCUGUAGCUUGUAGGGUCUGGACCAGUGUUGAGGUAGCAAUUAGGGAGGUCCCUGCUCUAACGUGGCAAGAAGCUUAGGGACUCUGUCCUGGUGGGUGGUGCUCAGAGCAUCUCUUUCAGCCUGGUCCUCCUCUACACAUACACACACACACACACAAUCUAAGAUGGCCCAUUCUGUGCGAUCGUGGUGACCAGAAUCCUUCCUCGCCAGCUCCUAUGUCAGCAGGACUGACCCAUUGCUUCCCCAAGUUCCCGCAACCAGCAUUUCCUCCACCCCUUUCCCAUCAUGGCCAACUGGACCCUAUGAACAGGCAAUAGGACCUUCUAUAUCCAGCUUGACCGUUGGCCAUUCACAGGGGAAUUUCAGUCUGUUACUCUUUGCUAGAUACAAAAGGGGCUGCCCGUACUAUUUUCUUAUGAGCAUGCUGUGUAUGGCAUAUGGACAUAUAAUUUGACAUCUUUGUGGAGUGUGAUUUUUGGUUGUUUUUUUUAUAUAUAUAUUUGUAAGCAGUAGAGGGCUUGUUUUAGAAAACUCUCCCUGUAUCUUACUGUACUGUUCAGGAAAGCUGAAUUCCACGUCGUCAACAGAAGCAAGACAUGUCCAUGAGCCUUCCUCCAGGAAAAGCCAUUCAAGCCUGAUUAUUUUUCUAAGUAACUUCAAUUAAAUUGAAGGGAAAAAAAGGAGCUUCUCUCUGUGUAUGA